AUUUGGGAAAUCUUCAGUGGAUAGGGAAAGUAAGAAAAUUCGAGCUUUGAACAGCUUCCGGUUCUCUUCUUCAUCUCCAACUACAACGAUAUUACUAGUUGGGCAUGUGGGCAUAAGGAGAUCAUGCUGGAUCCUCAAGGAAUUGUCUUAGCAAAUAUUGGUUACUGUUUAUGGCUUGCAUAAAUGAAUAUGCAAUUGGUGCAUGUUUUUUUCACCUGGGCCAAAGUUGAGCAGUGGUAUGUCACGGUGAUUAUCCUUUCUCGGUGUUUUUUCAUUGUUAUGAUGAAAUAUCUAUGGCACUAAUAGUGACAAAUAAGUUCCUAAUGCUUAACCGCUACAUCAAGAGGUGUCCUUUGUGUUUUUGUGUGGCUUCAGCUAUUCGGAGGACUGCCUUAAUAUCAAAUUAUGACAGAGAAUCAGUUCUGAGUAGAAGAUUUGAAAAGCCUGUGGUAUCAAGUGUAAGAUAUGAACAGCAUCAAAUUUCAUCUACCCGAGAUUUUUGUGCUAGCGUUCAGCCUGAAAAGCUAUGCUGGGAAGGUUCCUCUCAUGCAGUUGUGUUGAAAAGGCUCAAAAAAGCCUUGAAGGAACACCAAGUGAAUGAAGCAUGGGAGUCCUUUAUUGAUUUUAAAAGGUUGCAUGGCUUUCCUGAGGAUUUUGUUAUCCGUAAGCUAAUCACUGAACUGUGCUAUUCGUCUGACCCUCACUGGCUACUAAAAGCAUGUGAUAUAGUCUUGGUAAUUUUGAAAGAGCGAUCAGACUUACUACAGGCUGAUAUCCUGGCAAAGCUCUCCCUCUCCUUAGCGCGAAGUCAAAUGCCUAAACCUGCUACAAUGAUUCUUAGAAUACUACUGGAGAAACAGAACUUGCCCCCCAUGAAUGUAUUGUGCUUGGUUGUUCUGCAUAUGGUAAAGACUGAGGUUGGAACACACCUUGCAUCCAAUUUCUUAGUUCAGAUUUGUCAUUGUUUCCAACGCUCCAGUGUAAACAAGAGCGUCCAUGCAAAGCUGGUGAAGCCUAAUACAAUGAUUUUUAACCUUGUCCUUGACGCUUGUGUGAGGUUUAAAUUAUCAUUCAAAGGCCAACAGAUUAUGGAAUUGAUGCCUCAAACAGGUGUUGUUGCUGAUGCACACUCUAUUAUCAUUAUUGCCCAGAUCCAUGAGCUGAAUGGCCAGAGAGACGAGAUCAAGAAAUAUAAAAGUCACAUUGAUCAAGUUUCAGCUCCGUUUAUGCAACAUUAUCGGCAUUUCUAUGAUAGUUUGUUGAGCUUACAUUUCAAGUUUAAUGACAUUGAGGCGGCUGCUGAGCUUGUAUUACAAAUGUGUGACUACCAUGAGUCUCUUCCUAUUCAUAGAGACAGAAAGAUUUCACAGAGGUCUUAUCUUGUUCCAAUUGGAUCUCAUAAUCUCAAGUCUGGGUUGAAUAUGCAGAUUUUGCCUGAGCUGCUGCUGUAUGAUUCUGUCCUCAAAAUAGAGGGUAAACAAGAGCUUGUUCUUUAUUGGAAUGGGAAACUUGUCCUUAGUAACAGAGCUCUGGCCAAGCUCAUAAAUGGAUACAAAAAGGGCGGGGAUACUUGCAAGCUUUCAGAAAUUUUACUUAAAAUACAAAAGGAGUUAUGUUCAUUAAGAGGAUCUCGCUUGUGUUCUGAUGUGAUUGAUACUUGCAUUAAUUUAAGUUGGCUAGAAACUGCUCACGACCUUUUGGAUGAUAUGGAUGCAGCUGGGGCUCCCAUGGGCCUUACUGCCUUUAUGUCACUCUUGGAAGCCUAUUACAGAGGAAAGAUGUUUCAGGAAGCAAAAGCUUUGCUUAAACAAAUGAGGAAGGCUGGUUUUCUUUCAAGUUUAUCUGAUGAGAUGGUUGUCUCAAAAUGUCAACCAAUACUAGAUACAAGUUCCACAUGUACAAAUGUUUCAAGCUCGACCAGUAAAUCAGAUCUGGCAAAUGCUUUGGUUCAGGAAAUGAGGGAUGAGAAGGACGCUUCUGUGGUUUACCAGUUCAAUUCUUCCAUCAACUUUUUCUGCAAGGCCAAAAUGAUGGAUGAUGCUUUGAAGACAUACCGAAGAAUGCAAGAGAUGAAAAUUCAACCCACUGAGCAAACAUUUACCUAUUUGUUAUAUGGGUAUUCUUCUCUGGGAAUGAUUCGUACUAUCACGAUCUUGUGGGGGGACAUUAAGAGGAAUAUGGAGAGUGGAAAUUUGGUGGUAAGCAGAGAUCUCUAUGAGUACUUGCUACUGAACUUUCUUCGUGGUGGCUACUUUGAGAGAGUGAUGGAGGUCAUUGACUUUAUGAAGGAGCAUGGUAUGUACACUGACAAGUGGUUGUACAGGAGUGAGUUUGUAAAACUUCAUAAGAAUCUUUAUAGGAAUUUAAAGGCAUCAGAAGCCAGAACUGAGGCUCAAAGAAAAAGACUUAAAUAUGUUGAGAGAUUUAGAAAAUGGGCAGGAGUUGAUUGAAGUUCCAAGAGAAGUUCAAUAUGAACUGGGAUGAUUUACUGCAAGAUUCUUGCUGCUCUGAUGUUGAUGAUUUUAAGGGCAAUGUUAAAGUAAAUAGAGGAGAGCUAAGAAGUGAAUAUGGGGGUAAAUUAGAUUCACUAAUGUAUGUGCACAUAGAAAAGAAAAGCCAUUUAUGGUGCAUUGUGACUCUCAUUGACCUAAACCAAUUACCUUCUACAGCUCCAAGUUUCCUAUUUGAAGGUUUUGCAACAGCAAGUAUGGAAGAUGCAUUAUGGUGGUGAAACCAAACUCCUACUCCAUUUGUAAUGUCUGAAUGAAGUCUUAUGAUAAUGGAAAGAGUUAUUCUGGAGGUUAAUUGAUCUAUGAGGAUAUGUGAAGACAAUUGUUUUUCAAUUGGCAUCACAACAAUAUUGCUAACGCUCUUAGGUUAUGUUUUCCAAUUGCUGCUCUGCAACUACUUCACAAUAUCAGUACCCAGUGAGUUAGUGAGGAUCAAAAGAUGGAGGUGGUUUCUCAUCGUUGUUCAAUUACAAUUGAAAUAGUAUCUGUUUCUUUUUCAUGCUGACAAAUUACCCAUAUUUCUUGGUAUUGUCCAGCAAUGCAUACAAUGUUAAUCAUAUGUUAUUUGUUUUGAUGGCAUAAAUUUCUUUCACAGCUAACUAGGUGACUUAUAUUUUUUGGUUGAUAACCUGAUGAGCCUGAAGGCUUUCAAAUAGUUUAUGUCUAUGUUGUCCCAACUCUUAGGGGUUGUAUGAUGGAGUGAGCAGUUCUUCUAUCUCUGUCUGAGGUUGUAUGAUGGAGCUAAGAUUAUUCUCUGUGUUGGUAUGGUUAAAUGAUGAAAAAAAUAAGCACGUCAGUGGACAGGCCCUCAAUAUGUUGAUGAAUUGGUGGUAAUCUCAAUCCAAGGUUACCGGAAACAUCACUUCAUGUAUAUUUAUUUAUUGACUGUAUUAAUGAUUGUGGAUAUUAGAGAACUUUUUUUCAACGUUAACUUAGUUUGGUGGAGAUGAAUAUUAUGCUGGAAUGAGUUGAGGCUCAUCAUCUGAUGAUUGGGAAGAAAAUAUAUAGGUGGGGACUCAGAACCGACGUCAAUCCAUAAAGCUUGUUUUCCUGCUGCUUCUCAUCAAGGGAAGGUUGGUUAAGGACAUUGUUGGUGCUGUGGAAACAGGGGCUGGGAAGAAACUAGCCUUCGGUUUGCUCAUUUUGCCAUUCUUGUUGGAGGAAGGAGAAAACACUAUGUAAAUGCUUGAAGAAAAGGGGAAGGUAGAAGAAAACAUUUGCUCCAAAAGGACUUUUAUAGGCACUUAUUAUUACUCCCACAAGAGAGCUUUCACUUCAGGUCAAACUCACGUUUUUGAGUCUUAUCCCACUACAUGGAUUUGUUGCACUACAAUCAAAUUUUAUUGCGACGGCUGUAGCCGAUGUUCCUUGAAUGUUCCGGUACACGACAUCACUGACUUUCACACCUGAUACCUAUUGAAACAAGAUGAAAUGUGCAUUAGACAUUUAGUCAAGACAUAUGUUUAUGAAUGA